UGUAUGGAGAAGAGCAGCCCGAGGAUGACGGGCGGAACCCGGGAGACGCCGGUGAACUCCUCUCCGGCGGUGGCGGCCAACGCGGAGGGCGAGGAGAUCGAGGUUUUGGAAAGCACUGACGUCCUCCCCGUGGCUCCAGAGGACAGGACAAUGAAACAAUCCACUGGCUGCUGUCUGGUGCCCCGAAAGCAUCAGUGCCUGCCCGAGCCUGGAGCUGUCAGGUCAAACCCAGACUGUGGUAGAGAUUGGACCUACUCAUGUCAGAUCAACCUCCACUAUGACCCAGAGAAUUCGGGCUUCAUCAGUACGGAACGGUUCAGGGACCUGCUGGCGACCCACGGCUCCGAGCUUGACCCCCACAAACUGGAAGUCCUAUUGGCCCUUGCGGAUGGCAACGCCGAUGGAAAGAUCUGCUACCAAGACUUUGUCAACCUGAUGAGUAACAAGCGCUCCAACAGUUUCCGGAGAGCCAUUCUGCAGGGGAGCCGGCAGCUAAAAGGCUGCAGUCUCAGAGAUGAGGUUGGCUUGGGGCUGUCUCAACGGCUGGUCCGACACGUCGCCUACGAGACCCUGCCCCGCGAGGUCGACCGCAAGUGGUACUUUGACAGCUAUACCUACUGUCCCCCUCCCUGGCUCAUCCUGGCUAUCACCAUUGCUGAGGUAGCCGUGUUCAUGUACUAUGGGUUCCAACUGGACCGCUUGGUCCUGCAGGUAUCCAGCCCGUCCUUCCUCAAGAGCCCCUUACCUUACCACCCCCAGCUACGAGCCCAGGCCUGGAGGUACCUCAGCUACAUCUUCAUGCACACUGGGAUUGAACACCUGAGCCUGAACAUGGCCAUGCAGCUGCUGGUGGGAGUCCCGCUAGAAAUGGUCCAUGGAGCCCUGCGGAUUGGACUUGUCUACGUGUGUGGUGUGCUGGCAGGGUCUCUGGCGGUGUCUGUCACCGAUAUGACGGCUCCGGUGGUCGGGUCAUCUGGUGGAGUGUACGCUCUGGUCUCGGCACAUUUGGCCAAUGUAGUAAUGAAUUGGUCGGGAAUGAAGUGUCAGUUUAAGUUAUUCCGGAUGGCCAUGGCUCUGGUUUGCAUGAGUGUAGAGUUUGGCCGGGCGGUGUGGCUGCGAUUCUACCCUCCGGCCUUUCCUCCGUGCCCCAAUCCCAGCUUUGUAGCUCACCUGGGAGGGGUGGUGGUUGGUCUGACGCUGGGUGUGGUGGUCCUGCAGAAUUAUGAGCAGCGCCUCCAGGAGCAGUCCCUGUUUUGGAUCUUCUUUUGUGUCUACACCCUGUUUGUGCUCUGUGCUGUCUUCUGGAACAUCUUCGCCUACAGCUUGCUUGACGUGCGACUGCCCCCACCACCAUGACUUGCUUAUUAGAGGCAGACAAAACACUAUAUCCCCUUUAUUCCUCCAUCGAUAGAUGUCUGACCGCCUGGCUGGAUGAGUCACCUUAGCCCUCAUAUCCUGAGGCUCGUCGUGGGGUGAUCAGAGUAAUCUGACAGCCACCCUCCUCCUACAUCCAGCAGGGAUGCACCUGACAUGCAGCAGCCCUUGCUGUCGGUCUGCCCACCUGCUACCUUUCCGGGUAAAGCCUUACCAUUGUUCCCGCUUACCAUGCAAGCUAACCUCCACCUGCUCUUUGUCUACAUCUCUGUUGGACGUUUGUCUCAAGAGUAUCAGCCAGUGGGACAUUUGUUGACAACACUGUGUUGACAAAUGAGAAGCCUCGGAUCGAACACAGCAGGAACAGCCCUGUCCACAUGGCUUAACCUUCUCUGCCUCUUCCUCCUCAAUCCAACGGUGCCUUCUCAUAGAGACGUCAGCCUGAUGAAAGUAUUUCUGCAUAGUUGCCUCUUGUCUAGAGUGACAGCAGUAAAAUCCUGCAGCAUAAACUGUUUUCAGACAGAGAUGUUCCUGAAAAUCCUGUAAUCUACCUGCACCCUCAUCAUCAGUAAAUGAAGAUUAAGGUCAGAAUUUAAGCUUAGUUGGUGUUUUGUCAUCAUUACAAGCAGCUCAUACGCACGAGAGGUUUAGAUCAACCAGACAGCAGGAUAUAGAGAGCAUGUAGUGUAUCAUGAAUUUACCUUUGAAGGAAAGUGUGGGUUACUAUUCAGUGUUGCCUUUAGCAUUUGGCACUUCCCCAGAGAAGGAUUCAUUUGUGUUCAGCGCUAUUUGAACCUCAAACUUGUGUCUUUGACUUUUUGUGUGUGCAAGGAGUGCAACAGUUGUACCAUUGAUAAAAAAGAAGCAGAAGUGCCAUUCAGACUUUAAGCUUUCAAAAAUGAUGCCAAAACAUUGCUACAAGCACCAGAGGAAGAGCACAUCCCCUCACAAGAAUUGCUUUUGUGUAAGAAAAAUUAAUCUAAUUUUGUCUGUAAGGAGUCGUUGAAAUAUAACAGAAACUGUUGGAACAACUGAGAAAUGCAGUCAAAUUCUGGUCAUUUUGUUGUCCCCUCUGGGCAUUUGCAGUGAUUUUUGCGAUGGUUGAAAAUUGCGAAGAAGUGACAGAAGUUUAUUUAUUGAUUGGCGAGGUGGUGAAUUAAGGAAAGUGGGAUUAGACUAAUUCACAGAUGAAAACAUUCACUGAUGGGGACAGAUGGGCCAUUCAGAAUAAAUCUACUCUUUUUUUCUCAUUACCAAACAUAGAAGAGCACACAUGCCUGACCUCGACUACAUCCGGGCCGGGGUCAUUUCACUCUCAUAUUUGGAGGUAGUGGGGGAAAGAAGUAAAUCAAUGCUCUCUCAUUAGUUCCUGUCACAACCGAAGUUGUUAAUUGAUUGAACUGUGAUAGAAAACGACCCCAGCCCUAAGCUGAAUCUGAAUCUGUACUGUACUUUAACCUCGUGUUACACUGGUAACUGCUUCGCGCAAACAUUAUUAUAAUUAUAAUACAUUAAUUAUAGUAAUUAUACACAGAUUAAUAUUUUAAUAUGCAUUUGCUGUCAAUUUCUUUUUUUACUUGGUGAUAUUGGUAUGUUGUGCAAAUUGUUUGGUCGGUCUGCAUUGUGAUAUGUUAGCUAUAUUCUGUAUGUAUCCUAUUUAAAAAUUGGUAAAAAAUGGUCUGGGAUUGUAUAUAAUAAGGGCUAUGAUAGAAAACUGAGUGAGGGGUAAAUCACUGAUAAUAUUUUAACAUUGUGCAUAUUUUGUAGAUUUGAUAUGUACAUACUGGAGUACAUUAAACAGUUUUAUACAGAAACAAAA